CAUUUCUUGAAGAAAUUCAGUGGUGGUUGACGGUUUCCUCUGAUGGAGUAUAUUGUAAUAUAAAAUUACCAUCCAUCGAUAUUGUUAUCUUCACAGAUGCCAGUAAACUGGGAUGGGGAGCAGUCUGUCAUACAGACAAUUCUUAUGCACAGGAAUCCUGGACAAGAUUUCCAGAGACAGAACAGACUUAUGUCUAGUAAUCGCCCCCUUGUGGCCAACCCAAGCCUGGUUCCCUCAGCUACUCUCAAUGUGUGUAGCACAACCAAUCAAACUGCCACAGACUGCUCUGAACCAACCUCAGCAAAUCCAACCUCUGAAUCUAAGAUUAGCCGCUUGGACCAUCUCAGGCAACGAUGGAAAGCAGAGGGACUUUCGAGUGACGCUACCAAGCUCAUCUCAAGUUCCUGGAGACAGGGCACAGAAAAACAUUACGAGUCUGCCUGGAAAUGUUGGGUUAGCUGGUGCAGUGGAAGGAAAAUUGAGCCAUUUGCGUCAUCUGUUCUAGAUAUUGCUAAUUUUCUGGCUCACGAAUAUUCAGAAGGAAAGUCUUACUCUACCUUAAAUUUGUACAGGUAAGCAUUGUCAAUGACUCUGCCUUUAACAGGAGGUCAUCCUGUUGGGCAACACCCUCUCAUUGUUCGCCUACUAAAAGGAAUUUUUAAUUCCACACCACCAAAACCAAGAUAUUCAAAAAUG